AUGGCAGCAGCAGCCAAUGGAGCGUCCACAGUUACUCCCAUGUCGGAAGCUGAAGGAUGCCCAUCAGAGGAGGUCCUCAGCCCUACCCCGCCUGACCUGACUGCAGCCGAUGGAGCAUCCGCAGUUACUCCCAGGUCGGAAGCUGAAGGAUGCCCAUCAGAGAAGGUCCUCAGCCCUACUCCACCUGACCUGACAGCAGCCGGUGGAGUGUCCUCAGUUACUCCCAGGUCGGAAGCUGAAGGAUGCCCAUCAGAGGAGGUCCUCAGCCCUACCCCGCCUGACCUGACAGCAGCCGAUGGAGCAUCCGCAGUUACUCCCAGGUCGGAAGCUGAAGGAUGCCCAUCAGAGAAGGUCCUCAGCCCUACUCCACCUGACCUGACAGCAGCCGGUGGAGCGUCCUCAGUUACUCCCAGGUCGGAAGCUGAAGGAUGCCCAUCAGAGAAGGUCCUCAGCCCUACCCCGCCUGGCCUGACAGAUCUACCUGAGAAGGUGACCCAGCCUGCCCUCCCACCUCAAAACUGGCACCAAGAGAAGCCCAGGAAGAGUAGCCGGGUUCUCAAGGAGCUGGGCGCCGUCCAUGUGGUCAUCGCUCUGGUGUACCUGUUCAUUGGAGGUUACCUGGUGGCUGCUGUCCAGAACCUUCACCUGGUGGUCCAGAAGUGUUGGUAUCCGUUCUGGGGGGCUGCCUCUUUUCUUAUUUCCGGGAUCUUGGCAAUAACAAUGGAGUCGUUUCAGAAAAAUUAUCUGAAGGUGUGCCUGGUAGCAAACUCCAUCAGCUUCCUCUGCGUGCUGGCUGGCCUCUUUGUCAUUGUCAAGGACCUCUUUCUGGAGACUCCAUUUGAGUUCCCCAUCUGGAAACCGUACCCCAGUGAUACUGUCCACAUCCAGAGGCUAGUGCUGGCCCUGCUCUGUGUCACCUGUGUGGAGGUCUUCCUGCCGGGGCUCAUGGCCGUCAUGGCAUACAGGGAUACCCGCCUGUCUGCAGAGGAGGAUGACCUGCCUCUUGUCCCCGACUCACCACUGGAGCUCAAGGAGCAGUCAAUGAUGCCUCCACCAUCCUACGAGGACGUCACUCAAGGCGACCUGCAGGAUGAGCAGGAGAGGAGGUGA